CUAAACAUUUUCGGAGGUAUGCCGCCGAUGUUUGGAGGUCCGCCGAUGAUGGGAGGUAUGCCGCCGAUGAUGGGAGGUAUGCCACCGAUGAUGGGAGGUAUGCCGCCGAUGAUGGGAGCUGGAGGAGGUAAGGGUGGACCUAGUCCCGCCGGUGGCGCUGGUUUUGGCGGAGGUCAGGGCGGAAUGGGUUUCGGCGGUGGGCCUGGUCAUAUGCGUUGA